AUGUACGAUGACUCUCAAUUCACGAUGUUUCGCGUAGAAAAUAUUGUUUUUGUUUAUCUGACUAUAUGCAUUUUUAACAUCGAUUCUGUAUCCGUUCCUGCAGAAUCAAUCUUAGUAGUUCCAGUUGUGGAAGAAUCUGUGAUUUUAAAAGAAGCAACUGGCCCUUAUGCAUUUGGCUACCAACUGAAGGAUGGUUUCGACGUUUAUCAGCACCGACAGGAAGAAUCAGAUGGUAAAGGAGUAAUUAAAGGCAGUUACGGGUAUAAAGACGCAAACGGAGUUUACAGAAUAGUUAAGUAUACAGCAGAUAUCAACGGCUAUCGAGCGAUAGUCAUUUCCAACGAACCAGGUUUAAAUGGCCAGAACUCUGCGGAUGCUACAUUCGUAGUGGAAACACCACCUCCGUCAGUUACAGUUACAUCAGUACCAGUGUUAAAAAAAACAACACUGCGAUGA